AUGGAUUUCAACAGCUUGAAGGACUCCGUGUCCAACCUGACUUUGUAUGACCUCAAGGCGGGAGUGCGCAAGGUCCAGAAUGCCGUCAUGAACUACACGGAUAUGGAGGCCAAGGUUCGCGAGGCAACAAACAACGAGCCCUGGGGCGCAUCCUCGACCCUGAUGCAGGAAAUCGCCAAUGCCACCUUCAACUACCAAACCCUCAAUGAGAUUAUGCCCAUGAUCUACAGGCGCUUCACCGAGAAGGCCGCCGAGGAAUGGCGCCAGAUCUACAAGUCCCUGCAACUCCUCGAGUUCCUCAUCAAGCAUGGCUCCGAGAGGGUCAUCGAUGAUGCCCGCGGUCACAUCACCCUCCUCAAGAUGUUGAGGCAAUUCCACUUCAUCGACCAGAACGGCAAAGACCAGGGCAUCAACGUGCGAAACCGCGCCAAGGAGCUGGCUGAGCUCCUGGGCGAUGUCGACCGAAUCCGAACCGAGCGCAAGAAGGCACGAGCCAACAAGGCCAAGUACACGGGUGUCGAGGGCGGCACCAUGGGCGGCUUCUCCAGUGGCAGCAGCGGGCGAUACGGUGGAUUCGGCAGCGAGUCCGCUUACGGUGGAGGCGGGUCGGCCGCCGGUUACGGAGGCUUCUCCGGGGGUGUCUACGGGGAUGGCGGUGGCUUCGGGGGUCAAGAGUCCAACGACUUCCAAGACACCCGAAGAGACAAGUUCGAAGAGUACGACGAAUACGACGAGGCGGGGACCGGCUCAAGCUCGUCCCGCGCCAAGAGGCCAGAGAGGACCGAGAGGGCAGGCGUCAAGAAGACCACACCUUCGGCUCCGCCAAAGAAGGCAAAGGAGCCCGAGGUUGAUCUCUUUUCCUUCGACGACCCUGAGCCUGCGCCGGCGGCGCCUGUUGCUACCACUUCCGCUGCCGCGCCUUCAAAUGGCAGCUCUGCGCUGGCUGCCAUGUCCAAUGACGACGACGAGUUCGAUGACUUCCAAUCGGCAGCGCCCGCUCCCCAGGCUUCGGCUCCCGCAAACGCCUUCUCCAUUGCACCCCCGAUGGUAACCUCCAGCGCUCACUCUACUGCCCAGUUUGCCGCUCCUCAACCCGUCUCUGGGCCGCAGAAUGCAAACAUCAGCAGCAUGAUGUCAGCCAUCUCUCCGCCCACGAGCAACGCUGGUACCCCCGCUGCCAACUACUCGGCAUUCAGUGCCCCAACUAACAACAUCAUGUCGCCCCAAGCACCCAAACCCACUGGCUACCAACCUUCGCAGCCCAACUACUUCCAGUCGGUUCAGUCCGCACCGCAAGCGCAGAAGCAGCCGGCUUCCACCAUUUCAUCAGCAUCGGGGAUGUCCGCAUUCAACAAGCCAGCCGGCACCCCUGGAUCAAAGCCUGCUGCUGGUGGUGACCCGUUCGCCAACCUUUUCACGCAGGCUGGUGGCGGUGCAAAGAAGCCGGCUAACGCUGGGGCGGGUCCUAAGAUGGGCCAGCUGGCAAAGGAGAAAACGAGUGCUUCCCUGUGGGGAGCUCCCACCUCGAGCACUUCGAACCCUGCACAGUCUACGAACACCACGACCGGCAGCAGCGGCCUCGAUGAUCUUCUGGGUUGA